AUGUCUGAGCCAUUAAAUUCAGGCACUGAUUCACAUAGUUACUCUACUCUGAAAGCAUUAAAAAAAAAAAAUCUGGGGGCCAGCGUGAGCGCCCUGCAGCGCCUGGUGGAGCAGCUCAAGCUGGAGGCCGGCGUGGAGAGGAUCAAGGUCUCUCGGGCGGCUGCAGAGCUUCAACAGUACUGCAUGCAGAAUGCCUGCAAGGAAGCCCUGCUGGUAGGUGUUCCAGCCAGAAGCAACCCCUUUCGGGAGCCCAGAUCCUGUGCUUUACUCUGAAGACUGUAGGGAAGAAGUCCGCUGAGGAAUGCUUUCAAGCACCAAGUGAUGAAUGACUGCCUCCAAAUCUCAAGAACACACUUCUCCAGCCAAAUGACUUUUAGAUAUUUCACAGGACCUUUCCUGUGGCCUGGUCCUUUAGCCAAAAUUCUACAGAAAUUUAUGAGUUUCUACUCAAGGAAACUGGGUGAAGGAGUAGAUUUGAAAUAAUAAUGGCCUGGUUCUUUGCUGAAGUGCUUUAUACUUAAACAAAAACCUUACCACCAAAUAUACCAAAAUACACCUCUUUCAUUAAGUGAAUUACUAGUGUUUCUAUACCUGGAAUGUUACGUAUGUUUUAUUUACUAGAUGUUUACAUUUU